AUGGGCUUAUGGAAUGUUAGUGCGACGACUGCAACGAAGGUGCAUCGUGUUGUUGAAUUGAAAGCAGAAUUUCUCAAUUUAAAAAAGGAAAAAGUGCUUAUUAUCUCGUCCUUCGAAGAAAAAACGCAUCUUUUGUGACAAAGAAGCCACCGAGAAACUACUAAGGAGAUUAUAAGGCCAGUAGAGGGGCGUUAAACAGUUUGUACAAAGAUGGCUCCGAUUCCGACAUGUUUAAUUCGUCGCAAAGACCAAGAAUUAGAAACUUUUGCGAAUAUCCCGUUUGAAACAGACGUGGUUUGUACAAAAUCUACCCAUUUUCAAGACGAACCGUUCAAAAAUAUGCAGAGUUCGAGAUUUAUGAGAGUCAGCUCUCUUAGUUCCGAAGAAGAGAGCUUUCAACUGCUCGGCGAGCGUGAGGAAUGUGUUCAUUCAGUGGCUGUUUCCGUGAUGAAGACUUCAGUGUCCUCAAUCACCGUUUGCAACAAUGCAAAAACACUUAACACAGAGGUUUCUUGGCCAGGUGUAAGCUGUGGCUUGGAUGAAGACGAAAGUCGAAAAAAAGCGAAAAGCAAGGUCGCCUUGGAACUGGAAUUUGUAAAGAAAACGGCGGUUGAAAACGACGAUUCAAGCACUUCCGAAAACUUCGGCAGCUUUUCGUUGUUUGAGUACGAGAAGUUUACGGUUAAAAGAAGCUCACAACUUCAACUAAAGAACGAGAAAUGUGGUAAGUAUUUUCUGGUACAAUUUAUCGCUUCUCAAGAAAACGAAGGAAAGGCGAGAAGAGUAAACAAACAAGACGUGGGUGUGAUCGCGAGAGCAUGCGUUCACUGAUGUGCAAAGGUCGAUUCGAGUGUUUCUUAAUCUGUUUUCCUGUUUGAUCACCUUUCCUGGUUAAAUGUUAGCCAUUUCAAGCUGAAAGAAAGUCUGGGGUGCGCGUUUAUUAAGAUUAAGGCUUAAAAUGACAGUGUUUUCGCUCUUUUUGUGAAUUUGCAUUAUUAAUUUGGUGACAAUUUCUUUUUCUAAUCACAUGAUUCUAAGUCGUGGGGGGUCUUGAAAGGAGGAAGCAUUGCAAAUUUUUAUGGCUUCAUUUUUUUGUCCUGGGAACUAGUUUCUCUUUUGGUACGAAGACGUAACCAGCAAAUAAUAUCAUAAUUAAUUCUGUUAUGCACAAAUAAUAUACAUUGUUUAAGAUAUUCAUGUUCUCAGUGACUCCUUGCUUUAUAAGCAAAACCAUCUUUUGUUUUCCGAAGGUGAAGUUGAUGAUAUUGCAUGGCAGUUAUUCAUUAUAUGUUCUUUUUACCUUUUUUCACAAAAUUAUACUCUUGAAAAUGCAUCUUGAGAAGCACUACUGAAAUGUUUUGGUCAUAUUUAUAACAUUUUAUUUUAUUUUCUCUUUUUUUGUAGAAUUAAAAGCUAAAGAGAUCUUCUUUCAUGAAGGACCACUGGUAGUCCCAUAUUCUGUUCAAGAGACUCUUCCUAAACCAGAGAGUGUUGAGUUUCAACCUGAGAAGAUUUUGCUACGAGUGCAAGUUCCUCCUCCAUCACCCAGCAGUUCAGAGCUUACUCCAAGAGAAGACCCUGUAUCAUCUAGUGAUGAAGAUUGUGCCCAGUCUUAUGUUGAAGAAAUUAACCUUGAAGAUGACCAAUCCAUUGAAACCAAAAACAAAAGGUUAUUCAGAAGGUUUGUAUGUUUAUUAUUGUAUUUUACUUUGUUGUUUAUAACAGUUUAAAAGUACAAAUUCUUAUGUGACAGAUGCUGAAAAACUUAGAAGAUGGCUCUGAAUUGCAGUGAUAAGUAAUCCUUUAAGCCCUAAUAUUGACAAACAAAUUGUCCUAACUGGCCUCUAUAUAUUUCCAUAAAGAAUAAUAGAGAGAAUUUGAUAAAAGAUCAAAGAAUUUUCCCUUGGGUGAUCUUUCUAUAAACUUUCAUAACGGUUUCUUUUGACUAUGGCUUGAUAUUGUGAGGAGAUGAUGGAUGUCGGUCACUCUUGAAACUUAGAGGGUCUUAAGGAUGUUUCAGUUCUUGCCAGCUAUUACAAAGUUGUACAGGAAACUAGUUCAGAAUCCCAUUCCUAAAACAAUCCCUUACAUGUGGUACAACAAUAAUAUUAUUAUUAUUCAGUGCAACACAGAGCACAUCUCACAUGCUAACUCAAAUGUCCUUUCAGUUGGCUGGUUAACAGAUAAUGAAAUUUAAUUAUUUUUUCUGUUGUGUGUAUUUUCAGGCAUGCUGUCAAAAGAGUGAAAAGAAGUGUCUGGUGCAUAACAGAACCCGAACCUCCUGCAGUACAGCCUAAACGAAAGAAAACCUGUAAAUCAGUAAAGCCAAGGAAGCAAAGGCAAGCAGGGGGCUGUGUUCGCAACCAGUCUGUCCCUGAAGUCAGAAAUGUGGAUGAACCAGGCACGUUCCAAAAUGUGCAGCGGUCUUCAAAAAGGGCUUCAAAAAGAAAAGUUCCAAAUUCCCCAGCCAGGGGUGAACCUAAAGACUCAGGUGUGUACAGCAGUAGUGCUGGGAGUGCUUCUGCUGGAAGUGGCAGUGGCUCAGGCAGUAGCAGUGGGAGUUUUUCAGCUGGAAGUGGCAGUGGUGGAGGGUUCGGUGCACGUGGAAACGGGGGAGGUAAUGAUAAAGGUGACGAUGAUGACAAAGGAAAGAAAUAUCCUUGGUGGCAUCUUCCUGAUAGAGACCACGUUCCAGUUCCAGACAGUGAAAAGGAAAAGAAAAGAGAAGACAGCGGAUGCAAGGAGAAGAUGGAAGUAGACAUGUCUGGCUUUCAGAAUUUCCUACCAAGCAAAGUAGACAAUCCUGAGCAAUGCCAUGGCCCUGGCUGGGGAGGAGUAGCCACUCCAAAACAGAAGGUAAAGUACCUUCUUACUCUUAGCUCGUUCCUACCCUUAAGUGCUCUGCGGAACAACAAAAAACCUCAGUGGUGUGGUCUCUCCUUUUGGAAGACAGUUUCAUUUUACUGAGAAGUAUCAAAUCUUUUGGCCUCUCUUGUCCAUCAAUUGUCAUCGUUCAGUGAUUAGUGACAUUUCUCUUAAGUGAAGCUUUAGGGCCAGUUUUCUAAACAAAGUCUAACUUAGGUCGCGGUUUGAGAAAUCAUUGAACCUGCAGAGCUCUUUAUUAGUGAGUUAAUUUAAGAAAAUAAGUGCUUUUCCAGUCCAUGCUAUAUGCUUUAUAGAAAUAGGCCACUUGCACUAAAUGGUCAUGUGACCAAUGCUUCCAUUAAACAAUGAGUUUGAAUCUUGCUGAUGCCAAAAAUUGACAGAGCACCAAAAUUAUCUUACACCCCAAAUUUGAGAGGAUGCAUAUUUAAGGGAGAUAUUUUAUGCAGCACGCAAAGAAAGUGGUGUCCGAUAGCCUGGGGCUAGUGGAUUUUGCUAUCAGGCUAGUGAAUUCUAUUCUUAACUUGCCCGAUGGGCAAGUGAUUUUUUGAGGGAAAUUCAAAUUACAGAAGAACUGUAAUCAAUCCUGCUCAUCAAAUCUUUUUCAGGCUAGUUGAAAUGACUUUCGGGCUAGUACAUGCUAGCUACAGCUUGCCCGAAUGGCAAGCUGUAGAACUGACUUUCUUUGCACCCUUGGCACUUAAAUUUUUCAACAAAGUAGUAUGAUUUGUAUUGGCAGCCAUGUUGGAGGGCCAGCCAAAAGUACUUUUUGCUUAUAUCUUGUUAAACGUUUGAUAGUUGCGCUCAGAUGUGCUGUAAAUGUUACCACAUCAUAUUUUCAACAUUUUCGUUGAAGUUUGAGUGCAAAAUUUGUGUUCAGAAGGAGGUAAUUCAUAAUUUUAAAAAUCACAUUUUGGUCAUGUAACCAGCUAAGAACUUACUCAUUUUAAGAAAAUGGUGUGGGUUUGAAAAACCAAAUCACUAUUAUUUUGUUUAGGAUAUGAGCGACUAAUCAUUUUUCGAAGGGAAAAUCAUAUGACUUUCAUUUUCAUGAAAACUGUCACAUGACCUCUUAGUGCAAAUGUCAUGAUAAAUGGUAUUUAGAUAAAAGUGUGGGGCAAGUGGAAAAUGGCUUGGGGGUGUGUUUUUGUUAAAAGGCUAAAUACCAUUUAAAUAAUUGGCCCUUAUAUUUUUUUUUGUUUUUUUGGAAGUACAUCCUAGAAUGCCUUUUAACCAAGGAACAUGUGUGGCUAAAUGUCUGUAAUCAAGCUGUUGAUAUCAGUGUGGCAAAUAAGGCAAUACUUUGAUACUUGACUAUAUAAUUUUUUGCAUCUGCAGCUACUGUUUUUUCCACAAGACAUCCAGCAUGCUUCUUAUUGUUCAAAGACAGAGUGCCCAAAUAUGAAAUGCAAACCUGUAAGUUUUAACAAUCAUGUCACCGUGGCAUUUAACUGUUCUAGCACUUUUGGUUCUCUUUUUUCUUAUCGGUGCAUGUUUUUGUUUGUGGUUUUAACUGCCACAUUGUUGUAUAAUCUCUCCAAUAGAUGAAGGCAGAUAUCAUGCACAUGAAAGCUCACAAAGGAUGGAACCAAGAUUGCCCUCAGUGUGUGAAUACAUACGACAUUGUCCAACAGCAUGCAAAAUUUUGCCGCAGAGAUGGAUGUCGUGUACCAGAGUGUGACAACGCCAGGUAACAACACUUUUCUUGAAGUCCUCAUCUAUUAUAAUUCUUUCCUGCCAAUAAUAUAGAGACAGCCUCUUGCCUUCUUUUAGUUUUUCCUCACCCACCUACAAAGGGCUGUUGUUAAAGAGCUGGUGCUACUUUGUUGCAUUUGUCAACCACUUCAACUAGACACAUGACAUUGUUGUGUGAAAACGAAGGUGAAACCAAAACCUAGAAGUUGAGAAGCUAAACACAUAUGAUUGGGACAUCCUCCUCUAGGAGAAAUUAGGAAAGAGAAGUAGCAUAUUUCUGAGUUCCAUUUUUUUAAACAGAAAUGUUAUGAAGUUGGACAGUGGUUUGAAGCACUUGCUCGCCAAGUUUUGGGCUGAUAAGUUUUAAAUCAGACGUACAUUCACUUGUUGCAUACCAUUUUUAUGUCUCUAAGAAAGACUGGCUUUGUCUCCUUAAAUUCUUGUGACAGAGAAGAGUAUUGUAAAUCAUGUUUCAAUUUUGCAAAGGAAUGGAAACGUCAGCAAAGACAAAGGGCAGCCUGUUCAACCCUUUCAGCCAGAGCGAGUACCAGUUCAAGUACCACGAUGGGAUGCAUGGGUACCCUCCAGGACCCUGUAUUGUACUCCACUGAUGGACUCAUUUCAGAUUGAUGGCAAAGUUAUUUUCCGGGUAAUAAUUAUGUUAAAAAUAUUAUUGACAAUAUCAGUGUAACAUACAGGGAAAGAUACUCUCGGCAAAGUACAUUCCAAUAAUGAUUAUCACAGGGGGUCAAGAAACCUGUUUUUGAGUCAAAAGUCUGAAACUAAAAUUUAUGAUAUUUUGAAUAGGUUUUACCAAUGCUGUGGUAACUUGCAAUAUCUGUGAAAUAACCAUACAGUGGAGCUUACUUCAAAGUAAUUGAGGGAGUUUGUGGAAUAAGUUGCUAUCUGACUUUGAUCUAGCGGUAAAUUUCCCCUUUUGAAUGUAGCAGUUAGCCAGUUUACCUUUUUUCCUGCCCCCCCCCCCCCUCCCCAUCACUCCAUAAAAUUAAAGAGUUGUCAAGUAUGCAAUUAUCAUGGCCUUGACAAAAAAGAGGUUCAAUGAGCUUUAAACACAGUAGAUACUAAAGAACUUAGUCUUGAUUUAUUUAAAUUGUUAUAAUUAGAGAUACAGAUCAAUGUGUAACUUGCUUUUUUCUUGCAAUUCUCUCCUCAGAACUCUACUCUUCUCCCUGUGAACUAUUUUUGUGAGCAUUGUGAUUAUAAUGUGAUCAGAAAGGACAAACUGGGUGGUGGCAGCAAUGGUGCCAUAUAUCCAGUUUAUUUGCAGUCAGACAGGAGCUUGCAAAUGGUUGUUAAAGAGGUUGGUUGUUUCUUUGUAGCUGUCAAAAAAAUUGUAGAAGCCAUGAUCAAAUACAAGUGCUCUGAUAAUUUUCAGUUUAUUUUUAACUGCUUGAGUAUUGUCAGAGUAAGGGAAAACACGUUUUUUGCGGUAAGAGAAAAACAAAUUAAUUUUGGCAAAGCCCAUGGGAAAAAAAAAACAAAAAUGGGGAAAUUGAAAUUUAAGGUUGCUGCAGCGUUACGUGAAGACUACAGACAAAUUGAUCAAUUUUGAUGCCCCAGAUCUUGUUUGAAAAAAUCUAGGCCUUGAGAAAUGUAAGAAUAUUCAGGCCAGUGAUAUUAAGCCUUUUUACAUUGACGUAGUUACAGUUUAGUACUAAGGAUUUGCAAAGUAUAUAGCAAAGUCGUUUUUUUAUAUAAGGCUUCAGCCUAAUAUAAGGGAUUGUGGGGACGUUCUUUUAUGUUAUCAUCUGAGAUGUUGCUUAAAUGUUAUUGCUAUUUUUAUUUUUGCUCAGACAAAUUAUCGCAUACCCAAGGAAGAAGUUGAAGUAUAUAAACUUUUGGGAGACCAUGAACACAUUGUGAAGCACUUUGGAGGGACAUUCAGAGGAAGUGAAGGAAAGGCCAGCAUUUUUAUGGAAAAGUGUGGUAUGUUGUUCUUUGAGUGGUGGCAUUCAUUGUUAAUAGUUAAUAUUUCAGCUUUUCCAUAACAAACAUUUGAAGAAGAAAAUUUGAUAAUUAUUGUUGAAGAAGGUCUGUUUUAAGUCCUCUAAAACUUUUCUGGGAUGAGUCAAAAAUUAAAUUGAUUUUGCUGUGGCUUGAAUGGUGUUUACUUUUGCAUUUGUUUACAACUAGUGGUUAGAAGUAUUUAUUUUUAUGCAUCAUGAUUCUUUUUAUGCAAAUUUUUGGCUCUUUUAUGGCUAACUGUCUACCCAGCUGAGACUUUCUUUUUAUCUUAAGCAGAAACGUUUUGUGGUCUACUACAGGAAAAAAAUACACUGAUACUGUCUCUCAUCUCUGCAUUUUACUGAUAAGCUUGAUCUUUACUAAGCUGCUUGUAUUUUCUUUUUCUAGAUGAGUGUCUGUUCUCUCGCAUGGAGAAGUUGGGUAGGCGACUUUUUCUUGGGGAGGCCAUGUUUUACUUCAAUCAAAUACUUCAUGCUGUGGACUAUUUGCACACCCUGCCUACACCAGUGAUUCAUAAGGACAUAAAGGGUGAGAUUAGUUUCAGCAUUCAGGGAUCCAUAUUCCUUUUUUUAACAGAGUCGUCAGCCAGGCAAGUAAGCCUGAUGGCAUACUUCCCUGGUUACAAUUUUGGGUUGCCUGGACAAAAGGGCAGAAUUAUAGAGAGACUGGUAAUUAUUGUAUGCAACUUGAGCAUUUAGAACUGAUUUGCAUUAUAUUUCCGUUCUAGUUAAGCCUACUGAGAAAGGGUUUUACCAAGUGCAACAUUCUGUUAAGCACAAAAACAAGGCAAGAAGCCAUGAAUGCAAGAAGGUGCACUCAGUUUUUUCCUCGUGUAAUGCAGUGGCUUCUGCUUCACCUUUUCUUUUUCGCUGGAGGUGGCGAAAUGCCUGCUAAAAACACCACAUCUUGAUGAGUUCAGUUCUUCACAAAAUGAAAAAUGCCAGAGAUUGACAACAUUAAAAUUGAGGCUGCAAUCAUUUCGUGGAAGUUACUGCUCCAUCAGCGAUUUUAUUACAGACAAAAUCANAAAAAUACACUGAUACUGUCUCUCAUCUCCGCAUUUUACUGAUAAGCUUGAUGUUUACUAAGCUGCUUGUAUUUUCUUUUUUUAGAUGAGUGUCUGUUCUCCCGCAUGGUGAAGUUGGGUAGGCGUCUUUUCCUUGGGGAGGCCAUGUUUUACUUCAAUCAAAUACUUCAUGCUGUGGACUAUUUACACACCCUGCCAACACCAGUGAUUCAUAAGGACAUAAAGGGUGAGAUUAGUUUCAGCAUUCAGGGAUCCAUAUUCCUUUUUUCAACAGAGUCGUCAGCCAGGCAAGUAAGCCUGAUGGCAUACUUCCCUGGUUACAAAUUUGGGUUGCCUGGACAAAAGGGCAGAAUUAUAGAGAGACUGGUGAUUAUUGUAUGCAACUUGAGCAUUUAGAACUGAUUUGCAUUAUAUUUCCGUUCUAGUUAAGCCUACUGAGAAAGGGUUUUACUAAGUGCAACAUUCUGUUAAGCACAAAAACAAGGCAAGAAGCCAUGAAUGCAAGAAGGUGCACUCAGUUUUUUCCUCGUGUAAUGCAGUGGCUUCUGCUUCACCUUUUCUUUUUCGCUGGAGGUGGCGAAAUGCCUGCUAAAAACACCACAUCUUGAUGAGUUCAGUUCUUCACAAAAUGAAAAAUGCCAGAGAUUGACAACAUUAAAAUUGAGGCUGCAAUCAUUUCGUGGAAGUUACUGCUCCAUCAGCGAUUUUAUUACAGACAAAAUCAUGUUUUUUGUUAUACUCCAUUCUUAAAGUUUUAAGUGAAUGAGAAAUAAUCAGAACACAGGUAAUAUGAACAUAUAAAAUCAUAAAAGUAUUUUGAAAAAGAUUUUGUGGUUGAGAAAAACCUCACUCAUCCAAAAGACAACUUUUGGAGUUGACUUGUCCAUAGGAGAUUGUAGUUGUCCGUGACGACUGGACAAAAGCGAAUAUGGAUCCCUGUCAUCUUGGCAAAGUUUAUUGUAUUAAAUUUAAAAGGAAGUACUGUCUUUGUGCACAGAUUUAUAGGAAAAGUUUUUUUCAUCAGCCUUACUGUUUGAAGUUCACAGUUGUUUUCUUUGUGUUCCUCAAAGAGUAUGUUAUCAGCAGAGGUAGAUGAUAGCCUCCAAGAUCUGCAAAUUCUUAAUAUCAUCUACAAGCUGAAUUCAAUAAUCGCAGAGUUCUUCAAAACAAUUGCCUGUUUCUUGGCAUGGUUUCAGAAUAUCAGCAGAAUUUCUUUCCCUUCUUACAAAUUUUCAGAAUUAGCUGCAGGAUUCAAGCUCAGCGGAAACUGCAAAAUAUUUUGUAUGGAUAAUUAUUUGGAUUAAAUGCUAAUUUGGUUUUGUUCCCUCUUUUUAUCAGCCAAGAAUGUGUUGUUAACUGAGGAGUACACCAGAGCCAAACUUGCUGAUUUUGACUCGGCAAAAAGACUUAGUGAUGAGUUCACGGAAGCAGGGCUUCAACCUCUAGGAACAAAGGGCUUUGCAUCCCCUGAGGUAAGCAUGCUAGUUUAAUCAAUUUUCAUUUUGUUGCUGUUGUAGUUUUCUAUCCUUUUAGCUUAAGUUUUCAUGAGCUGCGAGUGAUAAGCUACUUUCUUGGAUGUAUGAAAGCUUUCACAUCCAAGAAGAGGGACCUUAUUCAUUAUAUUGCUGAGGUUGAAGGUCUUUUGAAUAUGCAUCAUGUACAUAUGUAGGGUGUUUAUAGGCAGAAUGUAUGUACCAUUUAAAGUUUCUAUGCAGUUUUCUUCUCCCUCAUGUAGGUUUGCAGAAGGUGACUCUGGAGAAAUGAAUCCUAAACUGACUGAAACGUAUCUGUAUUCAAAAAGACAACAUCAAGACGGAAGUGUGUUAAUGUUUUCCCGGACAUCUAUUUGCAGGUUUUGGGAAGAAAGCCUCAUGGCAGACCAGCUGAUGUCUAUAGUUUGGGAUGCUUCUUGAUUGAACUUUUAGUGGGGGUACCAAGCCGAGAUACAUUGUGGGAACAGGUACACAUUAACAGGCUAUGUAGUACCACUAUUGUUAAUCCAGUUUUAUUGAAUGCCUUUAAAUCUUGUUGGGCAUGUAGGAAAUAGCGUAUUUUUUUAGUUAUAAGGCGUACUUGGUUAUAAGAUGGACCCCAAACUUUUCAAUGCCAUUUUUCUAAGCUAGCAAACUGAAAAGUAAGUCAAAGUACCUGGGUAUGAGGUGCAGCCAUGAUUUUGGGAGAUGUUUGCCUUAACUACAACAACAUGCUUUUCAACGUCGCUGAUUACGCAAAAAAGGUUACAUAUUUUGAUCAAAAGCAAACAAAUCUCACUUUACUUAAUGAAUCUUGUUUUUUUCUAUAAACAAGUCAGCUGUCUUGGUUGCAGCAUAUUGACAGCAGUACAUGCAUCGGUAGUAUCAAGAUAAAAUUGAUAGUGAAUACAUGAGCCUGAAUAUUCUGUUAAUUAACUGGCAAACCUGGUAAAAUUAAGUCCUUGUUUAUCAAAACAACUGUGAUAAAAAAGCUCUCACAAUUCAACUAACAGAUUUGGGAGCCUUCUUCGGAAAAUUUAGGUCGGAGACAAGCACAAGAUCACAGUGUGGAAAUGACUGUAAACAAAACGCCAUCUUGGAUCAAGCACGUGCUCAAAACGAGUGAUGGCAGAUGAUUUGUUUUGUAGGCAAAAUGAUUCAUUCAUUGUUUAAUGUCAAUUUUAGAAGAUGUAGAAGUCAUUGAAAACCAAUAAAAAAGAGGAGGAUGACCAGCUAGAGUUUAAGAGUAAAAAAUUUGACGUAAUUUUGUUUUGUUGCUCAAAGAUACUCGGUUAUAAGACGCACCCUAAAAUAAUAUUACAACAUAUUUAGAGCUAUCAAGCAAACUUUUGUUGAAAAAAUGCUGCACCUUGUAAGCAAAAUAAUAAAGUAACAAUAAUAUUAUUAUAAUACUGUUAGACUCUAUAAAAGAGGUAUAAGAUCAUUGUUGUGGAACAGCUGUGAUGUUUGAACCAAAAUCAACACAUUGAUCACCAAGGACAUAAUACAGGAGACUGAAAAAAUUCUAAACAUCACCCAAAUCAUGACACCAGGUUGUUAAUCCAUAACAGAAGCUACUGUGGAAGCCUGAUUUAAAAAUGCCCAGGGACUGGGAAGAUACAGUAAAUUUCAUUAUAUCAAAGUAAUUUUCAAUACCGUUUAUUAUUUGUAGUAGCAAGGUUUUAUAUAGGUAGAAUUGAUUGUAAAGUCUGUUGUGUUCUCUUGUUGAAACAGAUCGACAAGUUACGUGAAUUAGACUAUGAGUUGGCUCAGUUGGUUGAAGAGUGUGUCCAGGUGAGUAAACAGUACUGUCCACUAGUAAGAUUUAACCUACAAAGUAUAUUAUGGUUAGCAACUUAAGAAGGUAAAAUAAUGCAUGUAACAGAUUAUUUCUGGGCAAAGAAAAAAAUCUUAGAGUCGAGGACAAGAUUUGAACCUGUAACUAGCCAAACACCAUGCAAAUACGUGCUCUAUUCACUGAGCUACAGCGAGUCUCAAGAGGAGAAGGCUAUUCAGAAGGUCCAUUGAUUUGUGACAUGUCUUUGUUGUUAUCACACAGGAGUGCCCAGAAGACCGUCCUACUGUUCGAGCCUUGCUGGAAAAGGCAGUUGUCAAGAAGUAUACCAGGUAA